GUCAGAUAACCUUUGGCACAGUUUGGUCUCUGCAGCGGUGAGGAGCAGCUAGAAGGGUCCAAGAUGAACAGAGCAUUGAACAAAACCAAUCUGAGAAAUUUGACUGGUCUCCUCCGAAGGUUUCAAAGCACCUUGGUGGUUGCAGAGCACAACAAUGAAAAGCUGACCCCUAUUACACUGAAUGCCAUCACCGCUGCCAGUAAGCUGGGUGGAGAGGUGUCUUGUCUUGUUGCUGGAACAAGCUGUUCAAAGGUUGUGGAGCAAAUCAGCAAAGUACAAGGUGUGAAGAAGGUUCUGGUCGCCCAACAUGAUUCUUUCAAAGGUGCCAUGCCAGAGGAGUUGACUCCACUCAUCCUGGCCACACAAAAGCAAUUCAGCUUCACCCACAUCUGUGCUGGUGCAUCUGCCUUUGGAAAGAACCUGCUUCCAAGAGUGGCUGCCAAGUUGGAUGUUGCCCCAAUUUCAGAUAUUAUUGAGAUCAAGUCUGCAGACACUUUUGUCAGAACCAUUUAUGCAGGAAAUGCUCUCAGCACUGUGAAGUGUAAUGAACCGAUCAAGAUCUUCACCGUCAGAGGGACAUCCUUUGAGGCAGCUUCAACAGAGGGAGGAAGUGCCACAUCAGAAGAUGUGAAUGCCCCUUCACCUACUGGAGUUUCUGAGUGGCUGGAGCAGAGUCUCACGAAGAGCGACCGUCCAGAGCUGACAAGUGCUAAAGUUGUGGUGUCAGGAGGUAGGGGCUUGAAGAGCGGGGAUAACUUCAAGCUGCUUUAUGACCUUGCUGACAAACUGAAUGCUGCAGUUGGUGCAUCCAGAGCUGCAGUGGAUGCUGGGUAUGUCCCAAACGACUUGCAGGUUGGACAGACUGGCAAGAUUGUGGCACCGGAGUUGUACAUUGCUGUCGGUAUCUCCGGAGCUAUUCAGCACCUGGCUGGAAUGAAAGAUAGCAAGACAAUUGUUGCUAUCAACAAGGACCCAGAAGCUCCCAUUUUCCAGGUAGCCGACUAUGGCUUGGUAGCUGAUCUUUUCAAGGCUGUUCCUGAGAUGACUGAAGUACUGAGCAAGUGAGGAGAACCAAAAGCCCACCAAACGUCCACUGCACAGCUGUGAGAGUGACCACGGGAUCUUAUAGCCGCUGCCUUAACAAAUUUCUGAAGCCGUGAGUCUGCGUGCAGAAAGAAUUUCAUGAUCAACAUCUCUGACUGGCAUCAGAAGAACACCAAAUGUCAGUUUUUACAUAUAUAUAUAUUUACUGUACAUGCAUUAAGUAUCAGCGAAUAAGCCCCUACUUACCUUUGGCAAGAAGUUCUUUUAUGCCUGCAGAAGUGAUGUAAGUUGUAUUUAAUUUUAGGGUACAGUAAAGGAAAUCUUUGGGAAUGCUUACCUUAUCUUUAGACUUCUGACUGUGACGUAGCUGGCUGUGAGAUGUAGGUGUUCACGCUGACCUAGAGAGUGUGUAAUUAUUGAGAUGUUUUUGGAAAACGAUGUAUUAAAACGACAACUAAUAACUGUC